CUUUCUCACAGAACAUAAAAAAAUAACCGAGCAAGCGCUAAGAGGGGUGGAAUGCAGAACAUAACGGGACAUACUGGAAAAAAUAGUGUGAAUGCUGAUACUACAAAAUGUGUAGUGUUGCCUAAUGAACAUGGGAGUAUUCUACAAUACUUUGAUGUAGCCAGAAAAUAUUUACUUUUUAGCUAAACCUUUUUUUGGGCUAUCUGCAAUGAUGCGGGUCGUUGAUUUGAGCAGGACCGCGGCGAUUGUACUCUGUCUUUUGGGAUGCAAUGUGUGGAAAGCCGUAACCAAAACUCUGCAAGACAACGAUCUGAAAGAGGUGACUUUGAAGGUUCACCUGAGUGAUGCCGGCACCCACCAGCCCCUUGGCCGAGCCACCAUCGAGCUCUUUGCCAACCACACCCCCGUAAUCACAGAGGUCUCCGCUGCCGAUGGCAAUGCUUACCUGCGCUUCCCCUACCGCCUUGGAACUCUGCUGGUUGUCACAGCAACCAGACAGGGCUAUGUGCCAAACUCCGCCCCCUGGAGACCCACCAGACUGCCCGUGUUCUCCUCUCUCAGUCUGGAGCUGCUGCCGGAGAGAGCGGCCACUCUCAUGGUGUAUGAAGACCUAGUAGAGAUUAACUCUGGAUCCCAAGGGUCCAGGGGUCAAUCCUGGGUUCAGUUCCAGCGUCGAGCCCUGAGCCUGCCUCCCAACACGUCGUACAGCAACCUCACUGCCCUGUUGACUGUGGCCAGUAACCCCAGCUACAUCCAGCACUUCCCCUACCUGCAGGGCCUGGGGGGCAACGGAACAGGAAGUGAGCGGAGAUUUGAGCUGACUCCAGUGGCAGCCAUCUCCAUUCACCUAUUGGCCAGUGAAGGGGUGGAGCUCCAGGUGAAUGGGCCAAUCAGCAUCUCCUUCCCUCUACCAGCCAACAGCGGCCUCAAGGAAAAUCAGCACAUCCCUGCCUGGAGGUUUGACCCCCGUCUGGGGGCCUGGUUGAAGAGCAGUCUGGGCUAUGUACAGAGGGAGGGUGACCAUCUCAGCCUGACAUAUAUUGCCCCUCAGCUGGGGUACUGGGUGGCCGCGAUGUCCCCGCUAGAUACAGGUCCUGUGGUUGCUAAGGACAUCACCAUGUAUCACACAGUCUUCCUAUUGGCCAUACUGGGAGGCAUGGCUCUUAUCCUCCUCUGCCUGCUCUGUCUGCUCCUCUACUACUGCAGGGGUCGUUGUGUGAAGCCUCGACUGUCCCACCGGAAGCUGACUCUGUCGUCUGGUCUGGAGGGUAGUAAGAGGGACCAGGCAACCUCCAUGUCCCAUCUCAACCUCAUCAGCAGCGAGGUUCAUCUGGAACUUGUUUCUACAACAACAGAACCUGACAUGACCACUCCCAUGCUUAAACCCUCCGCCUACGAUCACCAUGACCUGGUCUCCCAUGGAAACCACAGUCGCAUGUCGCUAGGCAACCACAGCCAAAGUCGUCACGGUUCAUCACUAUGCAACUUGACACCACGCAGCAGAGACUACCGUCAGUCUGUGGAGACGUUCCCGUUAAAGUCAGCCCUCUCUCCUGGGACAGACACUGGCUACCGUCAGUCAUAUACCUCAGUCUGCUCAUCCACCAAUCAGCUUCCAGAUAGACUCUCGUCAAAUCAGGCGUUGGCAGGUGAGCUGAGUGGUGAGGGUGGAACUAGUGUGUGUGAGGCUGCCUCCCCCUGCUCCCCCCCGAUCUCCCCUGCCAGAGGGGAGGGGUGUGAGCGCAGACCACCGGACUACCUCCUGUCCCGGUCAGUGGACCACCUGGAGCGCCCCCCAGGCUCCCUGCCCCUGUCACUCCCCAGGCCAGGCCAGCUGCUGUGCUGUGGCUCUGUGGACCUGCUGAGCGGUGGGGACAGUUACCCCAGGAGGAUCCGGCCCACCCUGGUCAUCCCAGCCCACUACAUGCGCCUCCCUGGGGAGCACCCUCUGUGUGGCCAGGCCCUGCUCCUGCAGACUGACCAACAGAGUGACCUGGAGACCAUCCAGGCUGAGCUCAACGCCUCGCACUCCCAGCAGCUUCUGGGGCAAACACACAUCACAGCCUCAGCCAACCUGGGACAAGGGGACGUGCAAGAGGAUUGGAGCAGCCUAUCAGAGUCCCUGUCUAUCCCAACAGCCCUUGGGGAGGCAGGGCUUAUGCAAAUGAAUGGCGAGGACACGUUAUUGGCAGAGAGGAAACUGAUGGAGCUGCGUGGAGGGAAGCCCCUCCCACAUCCGCGGGCCUGGUUCGUCUCAUUGGACGGACGGUCCAACGCCAUCAGACACUCUUACAUAGACUUGCAGCGUGCUGGACAAACCAAGGGGAACCCAGGGGGAGCAGGUAGCCACGGUAACAACAGUGGUGUUAGACACGGCAACGGAAACGACACAAGUCUGGAUUCCGGCGUGGACCUGAAUGAGCCCAGAGUGGGGCGGAGGGGGAGGGAGGUAGAGAGAAAGGUAGGAGAGAGGGAAAGAGAGAAGGAGAGAGAAAGGGUCAGGACGAAAAGUGGCCCCCCUGCCAUGGCCUACACUCAGCUGGUAUAUGUGGAUGACCUGGAAGGGGCAGACAGCCAGGAGGUCCCUGAGGGUAGUCCCCAGGACAGCCCUUUGGGACCAGUGGUGCAGAACACACACGGACAUCCAGAAAAACAUGAGGACAGAGCGGUGGAGGACGAGACCGAGGAGGAGCAUGGAGGAGAGGGAUUGAUACAGAAAGAGGCUCCAUCGCCUCUCUCCUUUCCCUCCCCUCCAUCUCCCCUCCCAGAUCCAGAAGGAGGUGUUCUCAGAACUGAGCAUGGCCAGAAUGCCUUACUGGCUGUUGAUGAAGAUGGAGAGGAGGAGAAGAAAAGCCCCUGGCAGAAGAGGGAGGAACGCCCCCUUCUGGCUGCCUUUAACCUAAAAUAACCCUUGAAGCUUGAUCUGUGACCUCUUCCCCCAGAAUAACAUGAAGGUGGAUCUGCCAGUUAAAGAGAUUCAGGAAGUAUACCUGCACUGGGAGCUAAAGUGGAUGGAAAUGACUAAAAGGUUUGCUCCAUACAUUCUGAUAUCUUUAAUGACAUGUGAAAUCUUUAAUUUAUUCUAACACCACUAUAUGAACAGACCACUGACUAGACAUGCCAUAGAGACUUUAAUGGAGUGAUACAGAUAUACUCCCAAAGCAACAAAAAAAAAUUAUGCACAACUGCUAUGCCUUGGGUAAAUUACGUGUGUCAGAAAAGUGGAGCUGGAGACUCAAGGUGAGACAGACAAUGGGCAGGCUUCAAUAGUUAUCAGCGGCUACCUUUCCUCAGUCCUAUCUGCUUCUGUUCACAUAUCUAAUAAGCAUUAGACAAGUAAAAGCAAUAUGGCGGAUGUCUACCAGCAGGUCGAGGUAGAACAGGAUAGCAGUGUUUUAAGGUCAAUGACCAGGAAGCGAGACACGCAUAUAACGGGAAAGGAAUCAUCUCUAAUGUACUCUAAAGGUAUAUACUUCAGGUAGAAGUCGCUCAUCAGUCUUUUCCCCCCCACAAGUCUUCAACUGAAAGGUUUCCACUUUCUUCCCAAUCAAUGUAUAGAUGGGGAACCUUAACCUCCACACAAUGUAUAGAUGGGGAACCUUAACCUCCACACAAUGUAUGGAUGGGGAACCUUAACCUUAAGGUUGGUGGGUCAGAUAAUAAACGGGAGACACCACCCUAUGUUGGUGACUGUGGAUAGUAUAGUACAGUGCCUGUAUGAGGGUUUUAUAUGAAGGUUUUUUCAGCGUUGAACCACUGACGUCGGCAUACUUUGCUCUGAAUGGCUAUGCAUCACUUUUAUACAGCUGCUUGAGAUGCCUUGUUUUGUCAUUUUAAGUGUUUCUGAUUUUCGUUGCCAAACUAGUUUACACGUGUUCUUGCUAUUUUUUUUUUUUUAGAUGUUUUUUUUUUUUACUCUUUUCUUUUGCUUUUAAACACAUACACACCCAAGCCUUUUUCUCUAAAACCAAACUGCAUCCUGUUGUUUUGAAUCUGCUAUAAUUUACUUUCUUGUGUUCCAAGUGCCUUUUGUCCAAGAUGGGAUCAUAGACAUUAGUUGAUCAGGUCAACUAUUUAUUCAUCCUUUUCCCUCCACUACCUCAUCACCCCCCCAUCCCCGCUAUCCUCGGCAGACGGCACGCAGUAACCCCUUUUCUCUCCCCAACCUCAGUCAUAAGGACAGGAUUCUGUGUGGCCAUAGCUAGAUUAUGUGUAGACAUUAAAUGUCAGACCUCACUUGUGCGUCUGCCUCUGUGUUUCUGUGCCAGUUGUUUUGUCUCUGUUGAGUGCGUCUGUCUGCAGUUCUGCCGUAUUGAGCGAGCAUGUGCCUAAGUGUGCAUAUCUUUAUGUGUGUGAAGACAAUACACAUCAACUUGUGUGAGUGUGUGUGUGUGAGGCUGCGUAUGACACUUCUGGGGCAUAUUACAGUGUAUAUCCCUUGCUCUCCUCUGUGUUGAUGUGUGAGCCAGUGUUGUGAAUGAUCCCUCAUCCUCUCCCUCUGUACCCUAUUGUAACCCAUAAUAACCAUUCUGGGAGAGUCCCGUAUUUAAUGAUGCCCUCCGUUCUUAAUGUCUUAACUGGUUGCUUGUAUUAUGAUUUACGCUUAUUAUUCAGAAUAAAGAGACAAACUGCA